AUGGGUCUCCUGCUUGCAAAUAUGAUCUCCCUUGACGCUCUUGAGACGUUUUGCAUCAGCGACAUGCGGGAGGGGUACAUCUACUCACUCAGAAUGUUCACCUUCACCACCGGGCACCAAGUCAAGAACGGCAGCUUGACCGCAGCGCAGCUCAUCGAGCUCACCUCUGCGUGGUCGAAGCUUCGCGAGUUUCGCAUUGCCAAACCUGGCAUCGAGUUCACGCUGCUCGAGGCCUCUGCUCUCAGGAGACGUUGCCCUUGGCUGCAGACCAUCCUGUAUUCGUCUAUCAGGACGGAUAAACACAAUGUCGCAGCGCUCACCGCCUAUCCUGGAUUAUUGGAGCGCGUACUCGGCUCCGAUGUACGCAUUGCCUCUGCUGGAGAAGCUGGUUAG